CGGAGGUGACUGAGCAGAGUAGGGGCAAGUGACGGACGGAUCUUCCUCUCCUUAACUACAGUUGAUGGUGUUGAACUUUGUUCCUCUCUGGCACGGAAAGCUGAGUGAAUACAUUACCCACCAGUUUAUAAGUCACCCCCUCUAAACUUCAAUGGUGAGGGAGGAAGAAGAAGAGGAGAAGGGAAUUAACCAGAGGGAAGUGGCUGUCUCCACACACAGAGCAGAAGAACAAGCUGAGGGCCUGCAAAGAAAAGGAGGACGAUAAGGUUUUCUAGAAAAAAGUAAAGCAUAUUUGGAGAAAGGAAGUCCUGUAGCUGCAGGCAUGUGGAUGGAAACCAAAGCAGAGGCGGAGGAGGCCAGAAGGAGUCAUGCCAGCUUCCAUAAACGUGUGUUGAAAGGUCUGCUGCGCUGCUCUGGAGACAUGGAGCACUUGGACCAAUUCAUGCAAGACAAGCCGUUUGUGCUGCAGCUGGCUGUGUGGGUGCUGAGAGGGGUGACCAGGGUGAUCCUAGCUAACAACCCGCUGAGCGGUGCACUCAUCCUGGCUGCCCUGUACUGGUCUUCCCCCUGGCAGGGCCUGCUGGGAACGCUGGGCGCACUGGCGUCCACGCUUACAGCUGUCAUUAUAGGACAAGACAGUGCUGAUGUGGCGGGAGGUCUUCACGGUUUUAACGGCAUGUUGGUGUCUCUGCUGAUGGGAGUGUUCAGUUCAGCUGGAAACUGGUACUGGUGGCUGCUGCUGCCCGUCUGCCUGGGGUCGGCUACAUGUGUAUUCCUCUUCAGUGGGAUUUCAACAUUGUUGCACCGCUGGGACUUGCCAGCUGCCGUGUUUCCCUUCAACAUCGUCAUCGUCCUUUACCUCUUUUGUACCGGUCCAGACAACCCCUAUUUUCCUCAUCAUCUGGCUACACCACCAGGGAUGCUGGAGCCCAAUGGCACAGAGCUCAUUGCAGUAAAGGUUCUGCGAGGCAUCCCUCUUGGUGUGGGCCAGAUCUUUGCCUGCGGAGCACUCGGGCCCGCCCUUCUCAUUCUGGGAGCCGUCGUUCUCUACUCACCCCUGCUGGCCGUCCACGCUCUGCUGGGAUCAGCGGUCGGAACGCUGGCUGGUUUAUCAAUGGCAGUACGUCAUGAGUCGCUGUACUCGGGUCUCUCAGGGUUCAACGGCGCUCUGGGCUGCAUGGUUGUUGGAGGACUCUUCUUCACCUUCAGCUGGAGAACACACCUCUUUGCCAUCGCUUGUGCCUUCCUCUCUGCGUACGGUGACAUUGCUCUGAGCAACAUGCUGGGAGCGGUGGGCCUCCCAGCAUGCAGCUGGUCAGCAACAUUAACAACCACUCUUAUGUUGCUGUUGACUGGCAGUUUAGCAACGUACCGCAUCCCCAUUGGUCAAGUCAGGGCCCCUGAACGCAACCUGCGCUCCCGCAGCCAAUGGGAAGCUGGGAACACAGAAGACAGGGAGAGCACGGAUGUGUAGUGUGAGAGCGCACUUGCAGAGUGUUGCAUCAGCAUUUCAUCACGUUCAUCACGAGAUGGAUGGACUUGACCAAAGAAGCAUCUUUAUGAUUUACAUGUAGAACUUUCUGAGGUCCACGCGGCUGGAAGUCUUUGAAGUUUGCCCACAGGCUGUCAGUAUAUCUCCAACAACGAAAUGUUGCAAAGAAAAAAAAGAAACUCUGCUUUUAAACACAACUAUUUUUAUUAAAUGUAUUCAUUUUUUUUCUUUCCAAAUUGUGUUCCCUUUUUUAUUACUUGUUCCUCACUGUGAAACAUUACAAAGAAACAACAAAAGAAAAUAAAACAGGCCAUUUAAAGGAGAAAGGAAGCUUAAUUUGUUAAACAUGGAAAUCAACAAGACAGUUCAAUAAAAUAAUUGUUUUAAAAUGACAGUUUUUCUUUUAUCAUUAAUAAAAACCAAUGAUAUAUAUUUUUUCAAGUCUGUCAUUACCCUGCAUAGACAUGCCACACUGGAAGUCCUUGUGAAAGGAUAGUUCAUGUAGCACAAUGCU